AUGGAAGCUGAGGUGGUGCUUGCCUCAUCUCCGACAGACAACGGUGUCAGCUGCUGGGACCUCCACACUGGUGCCGAGAUUCUCCGCCACAAGUCGUGCGCCAGCCCUCCUCACGGCCUCAUCUCUGUCGCCGGCCAUUUCAUCGCCUCUUCGCAGCUCCGAGAUGGCAAGUCUUCUUCUGGAUCAAUUUUCUAUUGGUCGUGGAACAAGCCUCAGAUUGAAGUGAGGAGCUUUCCAGCAGAACCUAUAAAGCCUCUUGUUUCCAACUGUCAGGGAACUUAUAUUGCUGGAGGAGGUGUUUCGGGGGAUGUAUACUUUUGGGAGGUUGCAACUGGGAAAUUGCUAAAGAAGUGGCAUGCACAUUACAGAGCUGUUAGCUGCUUGGUAUUUAAUGAUGAUCAGUCACUUUUGAUAUCAGGGUCGGAGGAUGGAUGUGUCCGUGUUUGGUCACUUUUCCUGAUAUUUGAUGACACGAGGAGGGAGGAUGCUAGGCAUCUGUUCGAGUACAGUUUCCAUGAGCAUUCUUUGAGAGUGACUGAUGUUAAAACUGGUUAUGGCGGUUCUAAUGCAAUCAUUGUGUCUGUUUCUGAGGAUCGAACAUGCAAGGUUUGGAGUUUAUCUAGGGGGAAACUACUGAGAAAUAUUGUCUUCCCUUCAAUAAUAGAUUCCAUUUCGCUGGACCCUGGAGAGCAUGUCUUUUAUGCGGGUAGUAGGGAUGGUAAGAUAUACAUCGCCGCAUUAAAUGCUCCAGUGACGUCCAACAGAAACUUUGGAUCCCAUAUAAUUGGUUCACUAUCUGAACACAGCAAAGCCGUAACCUGCUUGGCUUCUAGUGUUGAUGGAUUUCUUUUGGUUUCUGGAUCGGAGGAUGGCAUGAUUAGAGUGUGGGAUACCAGAGCACGAAAUCUUAUUCGCAUCUUUAGACAUGCAAAAGGUCCAGUUAGUAAUGUUCUUGUAACCAGACAUCCCCAGUACUUGAAUACACGAAAAUCAGCCUGUUCCCAAGCGUCAACAUUAAGGCAUAAUCUGCCAUUACCACCACUAGAGAAGACUGCACCCAUUUCCGAACGUAGUCUACAUCCAGUUGCAUUUUGA